AAAAAAAAGAAAAAGGAACGGCUAAAACCCUAAUUUGGAGGCAGUGGCACCACCAACAGAGAGUACUUUGCUCUGCUCUUAAAACCCUAACGUAUCUGCGAUAAACCCUCGCGCGCCUUUGCUCAAAAGCAGCUGCCUUUAUAACUUAGCCGCCGCUUUAACUCUCACAAAGUCAUGUUCUUUCACUUUCUCUCUUCUUGCCAUGGUUGGAUUUCCCGCUACACCAGCUAAAACCGUUGAAGAAGAGCUACCUUUGCAAGUCUUAGUCGAUCAAAACUCCAAGGUAAAAGCUUUCAAGGACAGUUUUGAUUUCCCUUCCAUCGACUCUUUUCUUGAUUUCGAAUCCGUCACUUGGUUGGGGAGUAAUCGGAACGUUGAGGAGUUUAGCAUUGAAGAUACGGACUUUGAUUUCUUUGAGGACACAAUGGAUAUGGGUCACCAAGCUGUUGUUACUGUUAACUAUGAGUCGAUUGAGAGAAAGCCUGAGCUUUGUGAUGACAUUUCUGGCCAAGUUGCUGUGAGUUCGAUUAGUUCUGAGUCUAUGGCUGAAGAAAAGCCUGUGCUUUGUCAUGUCCCGUCUGAGGAAGUUGGAGUGAGCUCAGAUAAGUCUGAGCCGAUGGUUGAGGUUGAGCCCAAGGUUUGUGAUGACAUGUCUUCAAACGUUGGGGAUGAACCAGCAGUAAAAGAUUCAGAACCUGUAGGUUCUGACAACUCUAGGCCUAUGGAAGGGGAGACUGAGCCAGUUAUUGUGUCUGAUGCAUCUGUUGCUUGUCCCACCAUGGAUUUGGAUGAAUCAGGGACUAAGAAAACAGAUGAGGGUUUGGCUUGUUCUAUUGAAGUAGGGUUGAAGAAUGUAAGUUUGGCAAUGGAUGAUGAUGAGAAGAUUGAUGAUGCGAAGGGGAAAACGGAUUCUUCUGAGUCUGAGAGCGAAAACUCAAGCACUUCUUCAAGCAGUAGUGCUAGUAGUAGCAGUGAGCAAGAGGAUAGUGAUGAAGAAGAGAGUGACGAAGAAGAGAGCGACGAAGAGGAAAAUAAGAAGGAACAGAAGUUUGAAGAUCACAUGGUCAUGGGGAAAGAGGAUGCUCUAGCAGGGGAACUUGAAGAGGGUGAGAUAGAGAAUUUAGAUGAGGAGUAUGGGGAUGACGAGGUUGUUGAAGAUGAUGAUGAUGAUGAUGAUGCUGAUGAUGACGACGAUGAUGAAGUGAAUGAGAUGAUUGCUUGGAGCAAUGAUGAGGAUGCUGACUUCGGUUUGCAAACAAAAGAACCUAUAAGGUCAAAGAAUGAGCUCAAGGAGCUUCCUCCAGUUCCAGCUGUGGAUGUCACUCUAGAACCACAUCAUGCCACACUUCCUGUUGGAGUUGUUCUUUCGAUAAUGAGCACACAAAUAAUAGUCGAGGGAAUGGAAAAGCAUAGUCCUUUGACUGAAGGUUCUAUCCUCUGGAUAACUGAAAAAAGAACCCCAUUGGGACUGGUGGAUGAGAUCUUUGGACCCGUAAAGUGCCCUUACUAUAUAGUGAGGUUCAAUUCAGAGAGCGAAGUGCCAGAAGGUAUUAGUCAAGGAACACCUGUCUCUUUUGUCGCGGAUUUCGCUCAACAUAUCCUUAAUAUUAAGGAACUUCAGAAGAAAGGUUACGAUGCAUCGGGGGAUAACGACGAGGAGAUACCAGACGAGCUAGAGUUCUCAGAUGAUGAAAAAGAAGCUGAAUACAAAAGAAUGCAGAAGAUGGAAAAGAGAGGGAUGAUGAAUGACCAAAAACCUGGUAAUACAAGAAACAAGAAGAAGAAAAACCGAGAUCUAGGGAGGCCUACAAGCAGUUACUCAGGCGAAUGGACAGAGAAGCAGGGAUCUAGCUCUCUAUCUUCAAACCAUUCUGAUCCUCAGAUGGGUGGUCCAAUUUCAACUCUUCAUCCGCGUCCUCAAAUGGACGGUUUUCCUCCAAACAAUGCAGCAUGGAGGCCCCAAAGUAAUCAGCAGCACCCAUAUCAGUUUCCUCCUAUACCUAGUCAGAUGGGAAUGCCCAAUCUUGCCCCAAUGCAGAUACCUUUGAUGGCUAUGCAAAAUCAAAAUCAAAUGAUGUUCCAACCACAGUUCAACGGUGGUCAGAUGCCAAUGCCAGGAGGACCUGGAGGCUUAAACAUGUUUCCAGGACCGGGUCCAGCGCCAUGGCCUGCAUUGGUUGGUCAAAACUGUUUCAACCAACCCUUUGGGAUGGGUCGGGGUAUUCAGCAGCAGCCAUUACCAAAUGAGCUGAGUUUUAAUCUAUUUUCUCAAGGUCUUCAGAUGCACCGGCCACAGUCCCAAAUGCUCCGGCCACAGUCGCAGAUGAAUCAGCAAUUCCAAGUGCCACCACAGUUCCAAAAUCACCCGCAUCACCAAAUGAUGCACCCACAACAGUCUCCAAUGAACCCGCAGUUCCAAAUGCAACCACAAUCUGAUAUGCGACCACCAUUGCAAAACCCGCAGUCUCCAACUAACUCGCAUUCCCCAGUGCAGGCACAGUCUCAAGGGUUUAGUAGCGGGCAGUCUUCUGAACGGGGAAGGGGGUUCCGUGGUCGUGGUAGGGGUCGGGGUCGAGGUCGGGGUCGCUUUGGACGUGGGCGAGGUCGAGGUAGGCAACAGUCGGUAUGAAACUGUCUUUGUGAAGCAUUUUGAUGUGUGUCAAAAAUAGGCUUUAUUUAGUUUUGUAUGCCAGUUUUUCUGACUAAAAAGAAACAAAAAAAAAAAAACAAGGUUAUGAUUUUUAUGAUCUUUUUUCAAACAUUCUCUAA